CGCGGCGUUCGCGGGCUGCCCGCCGUCACUCGUGGCGAUGGCGCUGCUGGUCGCGGGGCGCCUCGCGGCCGGCCUGCUGCCGCUGUGGCCGACGGCGCUGGGCGGGCUGACAGGAUACGCCUGCAGCGGCGGCGGCGCGGGCGACCCCAUGGCACCGCUCAUCUCCGACGCGCUCGAGCUGGUUCUCCUGUCCCGGGCCCGCGCGCGCGCCCGCGCGCCCGCCGCGCCCCUCUCUUCGGGCAGCGACUAG